AUGGCUGAAGGUAUUCAAAACGGCGUUUUUCGGCGCAACAACACAUUGCCUCCAGCAGACAAUGGGGUCAUGUCGCUCUUCUCCCUGACUGGCAAAACGGCAAUCAUCUCAGGUGCGGGGGGAGGAAUUGGCUUGGCUGUCGCGAAAGCCUUUGCUGAAGCGGGAGCCAACGUGGCUAUUUGGUACAACAGAAACGGCGAGGCUGUCGAGAAGGCAGCAGGCAUUGAGAAUUCCUACGGCGUCAAAUGCAGAGCGUACCAAGUCGAUGUCACCUCAUACAAUGAAGUGGAAGCAGCGGUAGACAAAGUCCUUGGCGAAUUCGGUGGCCGCCUUGACAUCUUUGUCGCGAACUCUGGCACCUCCUGGGGAGAUGAGGCUUUCAUCGAUGCCGACAUCAGCAGAUACCAUAACCUCAUGAAGAUCAAUGCCGAUGGGGUCGCUUACUGCGCGCGCGCCGCUGGAAAACACUUUCGCCGCCAGAAACUAGAGGGCACGACAUCCGACGGAGCGAAGCUGACCAAUUUCAGAAGCGGUAGCUUCAUUGCUACGGCCAGCAUGUCUGGACAUAUUGUGAAUAUUCCCCGGCGCCAGGCAGCGUACAAUGCCUCCAAGGCGCAUGUUAUUCAUCUGUGUAAAUCUCUCGCCAUUGAAUGGCUUGGAUUUGCCCGAGUCAACAGCGUCUCGCCUGGAUUUGUCCACACCGGCCUUUCGGGGGCAGUAGCAGAGGAGACAAUGAAUUCGAUCAAAGAUAAGAUCCCCAUGGGGCGUUUCGCGGAGCCGGUCGAGAUGCAGGGCAUUUACCUCUACCUGGCCUCCGAUGCUUCUUCUUACGCAACUGGGGCUGAUUUCAUCGUGGAUGGCGGCUAUACAGCUCCAUAG